GGUGGAUGGAGAUCGACGGUACGAGUCAUCCUUGAAUCGCUCCUACGACACGCUCUAACUCGAAACGAAUAAAAAGUAGCCGGUGCUGUUGCACCCAACAGUACCUGUUUCCACGCCGAGGAUCUCGCCGUUCACCAGGAAGCUAGAUGGCACGUUACGCGGAGGACGUUUACUACGAGUUCGCCAUUAAACUGACCCACGAUGCUGCCCAAAUACUCAAGACAGCCAUCAACGGUAUGAAGAAAGUUGACGAGAAGUUAGGCGACUGGGACUUGGUAACCGAAUAUGAUCGGAAGAUAGAGGAUGUCAUCAUUGGCAAUCUUAAAUCCAAAUUCCCGAACCAUAGAUUCAUAGGCGAGGAAUCGACUGGAAAAGAACUUCCGGAAUUAACAGACGAUCCAACGUGGAUCAUAGAUCCCAUCGAUGGCACCACCAACUUCGUUCACGGUUUCCCGCACACCUGUGUCGUGAUUGGUCUGGCAAUUAAGAAGGAAAUGGUGAUUGGUAUCGUUUAUAAUCCUGUUCUCGAGCAGCUGUUCACCGCGAGGAAAGGACGUGGAGCGUUCUUAAAUGAAAAACCCAUAAAAGUUUCCACGGUGCAAGAAUUGUCAAAAGCUUUAGUCUGCCUGGAGGGUGGUUUCAUAAAAGUGGACGAACUCAGGGAGAAAACUCUUGAAAGAUUACGAAUAAUUGUUCAAAAGGUGCAGGGUAUCCGUACGCUCGGCGUGGCGGCCUUAUCAUUGUGUUAUGUUGCGAUGGGAAUCGUGGAGGCUUAUUACAUAGAGGGGCCAGGAAUCUCAACAUGGGAUAUCGCAGCAGCGUCGUUAAUCAUCUCCGAAGCAGGUGGUGUCGUCGUUGAUCGCGUAACAGGAGAGAAGAUUGAUAUCAUGAAGCCAAGGGCAAUUGGAGCGUGCAAUGAACAAAUCGCGAAGGAGAUGGUCAAACUUAUUCGCGAAGCGGAUCAAACAGUGGAACGAAGAAAUAAAUAAUAAUAAAAUUAAGUUGCUAUAUACUGUACAAUAAAUGUACUAUA